CUUCAUUAACCUCUCCCCUUCUAAUUUUUCAAUUUCAUAAACGGCUUGCUUCAAUGGCGCCUCAACUACCAUUAUUGAUUUCUUUGUUAUUCGUUAAUGGUGUUAUGUCCACGACCUUCAACAUGAUUAAUAAAUGCGACUACACAGUGUGGCCGGGCACUCUUUCCAACGCAGACUCACCGGCACUCUCCACUACCGGUUUCGCCCUCCAAACCGGUGAGUCCAAAUCUAUAACGGCGCCGACUUCAUGGGGUGGCCGCAUGUGGGGUCGAACUCUUUGCUCCGAAGACUCCACCGGAAAAUUCUCCUGCGUUACUGGUGAUUGCGGCGCUGACAAGCUCGAAUGUUCGGGAAAAGGCGCCACUCCGCCUGCCACGCUGGCUGAAUUCAAGCUCGAUGGCUAUGGUGGUCUUGAUUUUUACGAUGUUAGCUUGGUCGAUGGCUACAACCUUCCGGUGCUAGUCGUUCCUCAAGGAGGUAGUGGUCAGAAUUGUUCAACGACGGGGUGUGUGGUGGACUUGAACGGCGCAUGUCCUUCAGAGCUUAAAGUUACGAGUGAGGAUGGAAAAGACGGCGUAGCUUGUAAGAGCGCGUGCGAAGCUUUUCAACAGCCACAAUACUGUUGCAAUGGGGCGUAUAGUACGCCCGACACUUGCAAGCCAACUUCUUACUCAGAGAUCUUCAAAAACGCGUGCCCGCACGCAUACAGCUACGCCUACGACGACAAAACCAGCACCUUCACAUGUGCGUCGGGACCCGACUACACUAUUACCUUCUGUCCCACACCGAACACGAGCCAGAAGUCCUCUCAGGAUACAACAACGACCAACGCGCCUGUCAUCAACAGCACAAUGGUGUACCAAGGUGCUCUGGAUGAAAGCGGCGCAUCUCCGUCCACCAGUGCACACGUGUUGGGAUCACAUAGCAUUGUAGUCAUCAUUGGCAUGGCAAUAUGGAGUGUGGCAAUGGCAAGGCAACAACUAUACUAAAAUGGAUUAAACUGAAUAGGGUUAGGGUAGGCCCGGUAGUAUACAAACAGAACUUCGGCCGAGAACCGAGUUGCUGUACCCAUAUUAAUCAGAUACCUUUUCGUUCAAGGUCCAUGUCAAAUAAGACAUUCGGUCCGAGGUGAUGCGGAAAUGGAAAAAGCUCACCUUUAGAUUGAUUGAAGCCAUGGACUCGACAAAUUGACGACAUUUUUAUGUUGACAUUGCAGGAAUCAGGGUAGGCUGUCAGUAGUUGUAGAAAUAGGAUUAUUUAUAUAUUAUCAUCCGGAUGGGGGAUUCAUUUGUUGGUUCUUAGAAUGUAUUGUAUUGGAUUGGAUUAUUAUCUAACCACCGCACUGAUGCCAAUAAAAUGAAUUUAUUAUUAUUAUAUAUAUU